AUGGCUUCCAAGUGCCUCAAAGCUAGCUUCUCAGCGGGGUCUCUCAAGAGCCCGGGCAGGCCCAGCGGGGGCUCUCCUCGCGUGUCCGCGAUGUACUCCAGCAGCUCCUGCAAGCUCCCCAGCCUCUCCCGGGGCACGCGAAGCUUUUCGGCGUUUUCUGCAGGGCUGGGUAGAAGCAGUUACAGGGUGGCCAGCUGCCUCCCCACCCUCUGCCUGCCCGCCGGAGGCUUCGCCAUCAGCUAUGGCGGGGGUGGAGGCUGGUUUGGGGACGGAAUGCUCACGGGCAGCGAGAAGGAGACCAUGCAGUCCUUGAACGACCGCCUGGCCAGCUACCUGGAGAAGGUGCGUCAGCUGGAGCGGGACAACGCCAGCCUGGAGAGCCGCAUCCGUGAAUGGUGUGAGCAGCAGGUGCCUUACAUGUGCCCUGACUACCAGUCCUACUUCCAGACCAUCGAGGAGCUCCAGAAGAAGACCUUGUGCAGCAAGGCAGAGAAUGCCAGGCUGGUGGUGCAGAUCGACAAUGCCAAGCUGGCUGCUGAUGACUUCAGGACCAAGUACGAGACGGAGGUGUCGCUGCGGCAGCUGGUGGAGGCCGACAUCAACGGGCUGCGCAGGAUCCUGGAUGAUCUGACCCUGUGCAAGGCCGACCUGGAGGCACAGGUGGAGUCGCUGAAGGAAGAGCUGCUUUGUCUCAAGAAGAACCAUGAGGAGGAGGUGAACUCACUGCGCUGCCAGCUGGGUGACCGGCUCAAUGUCGAGGUGGAUGCUGCCCCUCCUGUGGACCUGAACCGGGUUCUGGAUGAGAUGAGGUGCCAGUACGAAACCCUGGUGGAGAACAACCGGCGUGAUGCUGAAGACUGGUUCGACACUCAGACAGAGGAGUUGAACCAGCAGGUGGUGUCCAGCUCAGAGCAGCUGCAGUCCUGCCAAGCUGAGCUCAUUGAGCUGAGACGCACGGUCAAUGCCCUGGAGAUCGAGCUGCAGGCCCAGCACAGCAUGAGGGAUGCGCUGGAGUCUACCCUGGCCGAGAGCGAGGCUCGUUAUAGCUCUCAGCUGGCCCAGAUGCAAUGCAUGAUCGGCAACGUGGAGUCACAGCUGGGUGAGAUCCGGGCGGACCUCGAGCGGCAGAAUCAGGAGUACCAGGUGCUGCUGGAUGUGCGGGCUCGACUGGAGUGCGAGAUCAACACGUACCGCGGCCUGCUGGAGGGCGAGGACUGCAAGCUCCCCAGCAACCCGUGUGCCCCUGACUACUCUCCCUCCAAGUCCUGCCUCCCAUGUCUUCCUGCGGCCUCAUGCAGCCCAGGGGCCAUUCGCGCCACCAGCAGCCCCCGCCCCAUUUGUGUGCCCUGCCCAGGGGGCCGGUUCUGA